AUGGCCUUUCACGAACUCCUGGAUAAAGCUGGAGGCCUGGGGAGAUUCCAGAUCCUUCAGAUGGUUUUCCUUUGUAUCUCCAGCUUUUUGGUCCAACCUCAUGUUUUAUUGGAGAACUUCACGGCAGCUGUCCCUGGCCAUCGCUGCUGGGUCCACAUCCUUGACAAUGACACUGCCUCUGCUAAUAGCACUGGGACCCUCAGCCAAGAUGCCCUCCUGAGAAUCUCCAUCCCCCUGGACUCAAACUUGAAACCUGAGAAAUGUCAUCGCUUCCUCCACCCCCAGUGGCAUCUUCUUCAUCUGAAUGGGACCCUCACCAACGUGACUGAUCUGGACACGGAGCCCUGUGUGGACGGCUGGGUGUAUGAUCGGAGUUCCUUCUCCUCCACUAUCGUGACUGAGUGGGAUGUAGUAUGUGAAUCUCAGUCACUGAACUCAGUGUCUAAAUUCCUAUUCAUGGCUGGAAUGUUGAUGGGAAACUUCAUCUAUGGCCAAUUAUCAGACAGGUUUGGAAGGAGGUUGGUUAUCAGAUUGUGUUUCCUCCAGCUUGGAAUUGCUGACACCACCACAGUCAUUGCUCCCAAUUUCCUCAUUUACUGCUCGCUGCGCUUCUUGGCUGGGAUUUCUACUUCGCCCCUCCUGACAAAUAGUUUUGUACUCAUGCUGGAAUGGACUGUGCCCCAAUUCCAAACCUUGGUGGUAGCACUAUUACUUACUUCCACCAGUCUGGGACAGCUAAUUUUGGGAGGUCUGGCUUUUGCCAUUCGAGACUGGCGUACUCUCCAGUUAGUGGUGUCUAUACCAAUCUUUGUCUUAUUUCUGGCCUCAUGGUGGCUGGUAGAAUCUGCUCGGUGGCUGAUUGUUACCAACAAACCCAAGGAGGGCUUAAAAGAACUUAGAAAAGCCGCACACAGAAAUGGAAAGAAGAAUGUCAAUGACACCCUAACCAUGGAGGUCAUGAGAGCCACCAUGCAGGAGGAGCUGGAGGCAGCACAGACCAAAACGUCGGUGUUCGACUUGUUCCGCACACCCAACCUGCGUAAAAGGACCUGUGCCAUGUCCUUUGUGAGAUUUGCAAACAUGAUGACCUAUUUUGCCCUGUCCCUCCAUCUUCAGCACUUGGGGAGCAAUAUUUUCCUGUUGCAGGUGUUCUUUGGCCUAAUCAACAUUCCAGCCAAUUAUUGUGCAUUUUUGGCCCUGAAUCACCUGGGCCGUCGAGGAAGCCAGAUGCUUUUCCUGUUCCUGCUGUCAUCCUUAGUUAUAGCCAUCACAUCUGUGCCUCAAGAAAUGCAGGCCGUGCGUAUGAUUUUGGCAUCUUUGGCAGCAGGAUCUUGUUCUGCCCUCUUCUCCUGUUUUGUUUCCCAUUCGGCAGAACUGAUUCCCACUGUCCUCAGGGCAACCUCUACAGGAGUCCUGGGAAUUGCUGGUGGUACUGGGGCAGCCCUGUCCCCUCUCUUGAUGAUCCUAACGGUGUAUUCUCCCCACCUGCCCUGGAUCAUCUGUGGCAUCUUCUCCCUCCUCGCUGGCUUUGUUGUCCUACUCCUUCCUGAAACGAAGAAUCAGCCUCUGCCUGACUCCAUCCAGGACGUGGAAAAUAGGGGAAACGACUCAAGAAAAACAGAGCAGGAAGAUAGCUUCAUGAAAGUGACACAGUUUUAA